AUGGGUGGACCAGCAUUGAUGACCAAGGCUGUGAUCAUGACGGUUUUGUGGCCAUGGAUCGGCCACCUGAUUGUACUUCUCAGACUCGUAGUGCGUUUACUUCGAAUGCACUACCCUAGCCAUAUCAUACAUAGAGUAUGGGUGGACCAAGCAUUUGAUGACCAAGGCUGUGAUCAUGACGGUUUUGUGGCCUUGGGUCGGCCACCUGAUUGUACUUCUCAGACUCGUAGUGCGUUACUUCAAAUGCACUGCCCUAGACCGAUUGCUACAUCGAGUAUGGGUGGACCAAGCAUUGAUGACCAAGGCUGUGAUCAUGACAUUACUGUGACCUUGGGUCGGCCACCUGAUUGUACUUAUCGUAGUGAAUUACAUUACUACCCCAGCCAUAUCAUACAUAGAGUAUGGGUGGACCAAGCAUUGAUGACCAAGGCUGUGAUCAUGACGGUUUUGUGGCCUUGGGACCUGUUCACACUGAAGAAGCUCAACAUCAGCUGUAACUGUGUGACGGAACUGUACGAGAUCAACAAUCUGAAGGGUGACACCAAAUGUUAUGAACUGAAUAUUACCAACAAUCCUGUGUGCUCUAACAUCGGAUACAGAGAAUUCGUAAUUUAUUUGUUACCUAACCUCAGGAUACUUGAUACUGUUCCCAUAAAGUGUAGUGAACGAGUAGCAGCUAAAAUGUUGCUGGAGCCAGACAUUUUUACAAGUGCCCAACAUCUGCGGACCAAAUUAGAGCUGUGGAACCAGUUGGCAUUACGAGAAAUCAACACAGAAACUAUCCCGUCUGAUGAACCUCCAGUGCCUUUGUUGGUGUUGGUAGGAACAUUUAUGAACGGGAGAGAGGAAAUCGCUAAGGCACUUAUCCUCAAGUUUCCCAAUCAGGUGUACAGGUGUAAAAAAUACACUACAUUGCCAUUAGAGAAAAACCGUAAUACUGAUCACCUCAAAUCAGUUCCUAUAGAUGAGUUCAAUAACAUGAUAAAAACUGGAAAACUUAUCUUCUAUUAUAAGGAAAUUGGUUUCUUUUUUGGAAUGUGUCAGGAUGAAAUAAGUACAUGCAUAGUUGAGGGCAAAAUUGGUCUAGUUGAUACAACCUUGGAAGCAGCUUUGGUAAUGAAAUAUUCUCAGCUUCGCCCAUUUCUGGUUUUAAGCGUUACUGAAGAUGUUGAAAGCUACAGUGAAAAACUGAAGAACUGCUUCAUGGAUUUGGAUUUGUGGACUAAAUAUAAUCCUGCAGUUUCCAAAAAUCUUAACUCUGGACAAAAACCAAAGCGGUGGUCAGAGUCAAAACCUGAUAAUUUGAAAGCUAAAUCAUCUCAUGAAAGCAUCAUUAAAACACCGAGCUUCACUACUUCUGAUGCUGAUAUAAUGCAAAACAAAGGAAUGUAUAACAAGAGAUAAUAAUAAGAUUCACCCAUCAGGUGUCAGCUACACUUCUAGAGGAUCAGGGUCAUUAUGCAGUGAGUGUUUGAAAAAAGGAUCAAAAAGGUAUUUUGAAACUAAUUAUGAUACUCAGGAAUGUAAAACUUCCAAAACAUUAAUGAACAACAGCAAUACUUGUACCUCCAACAGCCUUGAU